UUCUCAAAGCCUCCCACACUCUUUUCUCUCAGAAAUUCAAAACUUCGAAAAACAAAUUUCCGUUACGAAAAUGAAAUUCCGAUCAAUCCGAGCGAUGCACAGCCUCGAAACCGCGUCGGCUCGCCUGAAGACGACGGCGACGAGGAAGCUCCGGUCGGAGAUGUCUCGCCGGAGGCGAGUUCAGAUCUCUCCGAUUCUCUACUCCUCUCAGAAACCGAAUGCUCGCAGCGUUGAGGCCUCUGUCUUCUCCGUGAACUCGACCUCGUGCUCGUACUUCGCCGGCGAGGUUUCGUGCGAGUCGAGCAGAGUUUCGGUUGGAUCGGAGAGUAAGGUGAGGUCGAGCUUGAAGAAGAGGAGCUUCGGCGAAACCGAAGCAGCGUCACGGAAAGUCACUCGGUCGAGGAAGCCGGUCGCCGGAGACGGCGAAUUUGAGGCGUCUGAGUCGUCGUGCGUGGAGUCAAAUUGUGGAGCCGAUUUUGGAGGCGUCGUGGAGAAAAAGUUGAAGCUGAAGACUAAGAGCGAGGUAGUGAAAGUAACCGGAGGCUCUGAGGCGGUAACUGAAUCAGCAAUUUCCGACUACUCCGAUAAGGCGUCACUCAAAUUCAAGGAGCAAGAAGUCAUUUCACUCAGCUCCGGCGUGCAAUUGUGCUCGGAAGCAACCGUAUCGGAGACCAAGACGGUAAAUGACGGCGGUAACAGAGCACCGGAAUUUGAAUUCCAAGGAGCGUCGAGCAACUACUUCGGUGAGAAUUCGGAAUCGACUAUCGAGCAGAGGCCACUGAGCUUUGGAUUGGACUCCGAUUUGGCUUGUACCGAGCACUUCUCUUAUGACGACGGCUCCGAGUACUCCUCCAGUCAGACACUCUCGGAUUUCCACUCGGAUCCUUACCAGGAAAACUCGGAAAAAAUCGACUUCUCCGAUUACUCGCCGUCGUUCUUCAUCGAUUCCGGCAGCCAAUUCUCGCAGGGUUCAGUCGAUGACUCACCGUCACCAACCUUCGCCUGGCUCGUGAAAUACAGAGAAGAGUUCGUCGCCACUGCUUUAGAUAUCGACGCAGCUCCACGCGCCAACGAAGCGUAUAAGCAUGAAUCCACAUUUAUGAAGUUCGAAGACGAUGAGGUGGAAGAGAGCUAUCAGAUGCUGAGGAAUAGAGAGAGGCUCAAAUUGUUUGUGCGUGACUACACCGUGGACUACUCUUCCACGACGGAGUACGGCCGCCUGAUCCUCCAUCAACGGUCGUUCAUGGUCCGGUGGAUCUGUGAGGUAUCUACUGCAACUGGACUACAUCAGGAGACCAAGUUUCUAAGUGUGAACCUCCUUGACCGGUUUUUGAGCAAAGGAUAUUUUAAGAGCAAAAGGAUCCUUCAGAUUGUUGGAGUUGCCUGUCUAACUUUGGCCACCAGGAUAGAAGAAAAUCAGCCCUACAAUAGUGUGCGAGAAAAGAGUUUCAAUGUUGGAAGCCAUGUGUACAACAGAUGUGAAGUAGUGGCAAUGGAAUGGCUAGUGCUGGAGGUCCUCAAAUUUCAGUGUUUUCUGCCCACCAGCUAUAAUUUCUUAUGGUUCUACUUGCAAGCUGCUGAAGCUGAUGAAGAAGUAGAGACAAGGGCCAAGUACCUGGCAAUGCUGCAGCUUACGGAUCCUGGGCAGUUAUGCUACUGGCCCUCAACAGUUGCAGCUGCAGUUGUCAUCCUGGCUUCUUUAGAAGGAGAUGAUGCAUCCCGCCAACAAGUCAUGGAUAUUCAUAUGAGAACAGAUGAUGAUGAUGAUUUACCUGAAUGCUUGAAGAGCCUAGAUUGGCUGUUGAGGUUUGUUUGAUAGCAUGCUAAGAUGCAAAGGCACAACGACAUCACGUUUCUGAUUGCUGACUUUACCCUUAAGCAAAUCCAUUCAUGGAAGGUAGAUCGAGGAGUCAACUAGGUAAAACAUAUGUAAUUCUUUUGUCAAUAAUAGGAUAGUUCUGCUAGAUUUUGACCUUUCUCAAAAGUUGUAGACAGAGUGUACAUUUUGAUGGCCUGCAAAGGACCAUAGGGCAAGUGAAACUGUUCCGUGUCGAGGUCAUCACUGCUCGAUGACUACUCAUUACAAAAGAAUUACAGGGUGGUUCAGGAAAACAAAAUGUUCUUUUGUUUCUCAAGGUUUCAUCAGUGUUAUCUUAUGUUUGAAGAUGCCUCAUGUUUUGUAGCA